AUGGAUGAGAAAUGGAAGCUACCAAAGAAGGAAAGCGGUUCUUCUUCUUCCAAGUUCGCCUUCACGAGAAGCUCCUCCACAAGAAGCACUUCUUCCAAUGCUCCACUUCUGUCAAGAAGCUAUUCCCAGAAAAGCAACGUCGUGUCUUCCAGUUCCAACUCCAAGUGCCCUCCUCUUCCAAGGAGCUUCUCGCAAAAGAGCUCUUCCAUGAGCCGAAAGUGCAGCAGCCUCGCCAAGGAACACAAGGCCAGAUUUUACAUCAUGAGGAGAUGUGUGGCUAUGCUUGUUUGUUGGCACAAGCAUGGAAGUGAUUCUUGA